CGGCACGCAACCAGAAAGUUGCCCGGAUUGAAGGCCGAGCCUUCUCUUCAUGAAUGGAGAAUUUUAGGGUUGCCUUUGGUCAUCGAUUUGUGGAGAUUGCGGCUAGGAGGGGGAUCGCAAGUGAGGAAAUUAAGCGGACAUACAGACCAAGGAUAAUCCUUUGUCCUUCUCCCUUCAGUGUGUUUGUAAGAGCGGCUGCUUUGCACAGCGUGAACUUUUCAUUGAGGUCACGAGCCUAGAGUCGCAGGCGCAGUAAAGUAGCAAGCAAAGAUGGGGGAGAACAUGUUCCAGAGUUAUGAGAGGCAAUACACGGAGUUGCUAGCCAGCUUAAAGAGGAAAGUGGAGAAUGUUUCUCUUUUAUCUGGAGAGCAGAAGAAGCAGAAACUGAAGGAGUUGCAGCAGGGGAUUGAUGAGUCAGAGGCUCUGAUCCGGAAGAUGGACUUGGAGGCACGGAGCUUCUCCAAGGCGGAGCUGGUCACCCUGAAGUCCAAGCUGGCUGAGUACAAAGCAGGCCUCAAUAACGUCAAGAAAGAGGCGAAGAAGGCGAGCGCUGCGCUGCCGGAUGAGGUGGCGGCCAGGCAGGAGCUGAUGGAGAGGGGGUUGGGAGAACCCCUGGGGUCGGUCUCUGCGGACCAGAGGAACCGGUUGCUGCAGACGACUGACCGGUUGAACCAGUCGGGAGAGCGGAUCAAGGAGAGCAAGCGGGUGGCGAUAGAGACCGAGGACAUUGGAGCACAGAUUCUGGGCAGCCUCUCACAACAACGGGAGACGCUCCUGCAUGCGCGCGGGACGCUCCAUGGUGUUGACGACAAUAUUGGAAAGAGCAGGCAGAUCUUGAACAGAAUGGCCCAAAGGAUCCGGACCAACAAGAUCAUCAUGUACGGUAUUAUUGCGGCGCUCGUUUUUGCCAUAAUCCUCAUCCUCUAUUUCAAAUUCAAGAAACACUAAGUAACUGGGAAGACCUGACAUGAGACCAGACGCUGUGUACAUUAAGCAAGCUGUGCUGAUAAAACACGCAAUCUCUUUAUAAAGAGACUAACUUGAAGAUUAUUCUUGUCCACUCAUUUGACGCAUUAUAGUUACUCAUCAGCCU